CGACAACAAUAGCACAUUCCUGAUUUUCCAGGCAUGACGAUAAGUUCAUUUCGAACCUCGGAUAGAGCACAUUGCAUUACGACUGAUAGAAUCUGUCGCAACUCACGCACAUCCUCACUCCCAGAGACUCUCCAGACUGACUAGGUAUUCCACAUGCGCCGUCCGCGCCCCGUCUCCUGAACCACCAUCACCGCCGUUCCGAAUAUGUUCUUCAUUGUACCAGAUUGUAAAAAUCCCAAUGGUGGUGACUCCAGCACAGCACCGGGCUCCUCCUCGUCCCCUUCCGAAUCACAAAAGCGACAGCGCACCUUGCCUGAAGAAGAUGAAGUCGCUGGCUAUUACCCGAGGCGCAAUCAAAAGGCAUGCGACCGUUGUCGACUGAAGAAGGCUCGUUGUUCUGGGGGCAAGAUUUGUGAAAAGUGCAAGCGUGACGGGGUGAUAUGUACCACAAACAGAGAGUCAAAGAGAGAUCCUACCACCAAACCACCAAAUGCAGAAUAUGUCCACCUGGUGGAAUCGCAGCGCGAUGCUUUGUUGAGCGCGUUGCGAACCAUUUACGAAAAAGAUGCCUCCAAAGACUCGGCGAUACUCUCCGACGUAUUGAAGGACCUUGGGAUUGGAGUGGAAGAUCUAAAGAGACUGCCUCGUAAAACAAGCUCUUCAGAGGAACAGGUUGAUUUCAACGAUAUUGACCUCCAACGAAAUGCUGCAGAAAUCCAAGCGCUGUUGACCGAAUGGAACAUCCCCAUCACACAACCACCAAUGUCUACCGAGUUUGCGAUAUCGACUCCGAUUCAAUCAACUCAACCGCUACAAAUGAAUAACGACUGUAUGCCACUAGUAAUGGAUUUCCAAAACUUCGCUCCUGCAGCGUCAACAGGGCCCGCUGUUGGUCAGAUGGAUGCAAUUGCACUUCCAGCUUCAACCAAUGAGUUUGAUGACUGGCUGGUAACCGAUAAAUUCGGUGACAAUUGGUCAUUACCUGGAUCUGGUCCUCCCAAGGGGUAAAGACGAAUCCACGGUGGGAUUUGAAGCCUACAUACUCCGUUGUGAUGUUGGGAUCCCUCCGACAUUGACUAUUCAUCUUAAGCAUCGGGAAAGACUGCCCACCAUAAAUGUUGGUCUACAGUAAGUCCGGAACGUACAAAUGGCCUCUCAAUGAGCAAUGAUCACUCUGUCUUUUCAGAGUCCCUCCAAGUCACCAUCUACUACAGUCGAUCUAUUGACGUUGAGAUUUGGGACAGCCUGGUACAAGACACCUUUGAUUCUUUCCUGGCCAGUUUACCAUCUUGAAGUCGAGAAAGCUUGUGACAGUUAGCCUUGACGGUAUAUACCGAGGCUUAAGAAUCAAACUUGGUAUUCAAAGGUCCAGAGAUAUCAUGUUGGCCAUGGACUGUUUCUUUCAUUCGUGACGCCUUGCCGGCUCUCGAGCGUGCAGUAUAGGACCGAGGACAACAAGCCGGAAGGGUCUUAGGGACGAAGCAUGGGAACGUGCCUCGGCAAGAUCUGGCCAAUUUAUUAAGCAUGAGUCAAAGAAGCUCGCGGUCUCUUGAGCCACGAGCAGCCAUUUUGGUCUCAUGGAGUCGGUGCGGGAGUGUGUUCUGGCCAUGACGCCAGGGGAAUUUAGAGAUUGGGGACACCUAGCGCACGUUCGCCUGAUAUGAAAAGCGUUCUUUGUCCUUUCAUCCCGCCCAAGUAAC